AUGGUGAAGCGCGUGCUUGUCGGCUACGGCAUCGAUGUUGACGCCGUCAGCGGAUGGAUCAAUACUAUCCAUGGGACACCAGCAAAUCCGACUGAUGUAUCUCGAGGGGUCUUUGGCGCCACGGUCGGCAUCGACAGACUGCUGAAGCUAUGGGACAAAUUCGGCAUCAAGGCGACAUGGUUUGUUCCCGCUCAUUCGAUCGAGAGCUUUCCCAAACAGCUGGCCAAAGUGCGAGAUAGUGGGCAUGAGAUCGGCCUACACGGCUACUCGCACGAAUUUGUCUCGACGCUCAGCGAACAGCAACAACGCGACGUUCUAGCAAAAUCCAUCAAAGUACUCACCGACUUCACAGGCAAGAAGCCACGAGGCUGGACCGCCCCGGCGUGGUCGACCUCCCGCGAAACAGUGCGCCUGCUCGAGGAAUUUGGCAUCGAGUACGACCAUUCAUUCAUGCACCACGACUCGCAGCUGUACUACGUGCCCGACGGCAGCGAGGAAUGGACGGAAACUGACAUAGCCAAAUCCGCCGAUGAGUGGAUGAAGCCCAUGACGGCGAUCAAGGCGUCCAAGGUCGUCGAGGUGCCCGCGAACUGGCAUCUGGAUGACUGGCCGCCGUUCCAGCUGUCGCUGAAACAAGCCUCAACGCACGGCUACGUCGAUCCGUACGUGAUCGAGAGGUUGUGGAAGGACCAGUUCUCGUUCUUGUACCGCGAAUACGACACUUUCGUGUUUCCCAUCAGUAUUCAUCCCCAGGUCAGUGGGAAGCCGCAGGUCGUGUUGAUGCAUGAGCGCCUGAUCGAAUGGAUCAAUCAGCAUGAGGGGGUAGAAUGGUGCACGAUGGAAACCAUGGUCAAGGAAUUCAAGGAGGGAAGGCUGGCUGGUGCGGAAGUGACGGGGGGAGCUGAGGUAUAG